GUGUGUAUACUCUAGCUCUAACUAAAAAGGGAUAUACAAGUAUCAAGAAGAUAGAGAUUAUCGUGAAACAAGGCACGAACUCUGAAAGGAGGAUCGAAGUCACGUUUCACGUGACUCUUUUUCCGUUCUCUACGGAGUCAUUUUUUUUUCUUUUUUAUAUCUGUUUUUUUCUUCUUUUUCCUUUUUAUAUUUUUUCCUCCCAUUUCUUUUUCUUCUUUUCCUUUUCCUUUUCAUUCUUUUGGAGAAGUCUUCUCGGAGGAUCGAGGGAAAGAGGAAAUAAAAUCGAACGAAGGCAACGUGAAACUGGAGAAAGAGAAAACGCCAACAAGAUAGAGAGAAAGAGAAAGAGAGGGAGAGGGAGAGGGAAAGAGAGAGAAAGAGAAAUAGAUAGAAAUAUAGAAUAGACCACAGAGGAGACACGCGAUCACCUUGCCCCAUGGAAAUCGAGUCGAUGACAAGGCAUUUAUAAGUAAUAUUCAGACUUUAUCGAUAAUGAACAGAUUUAUCGAGUUGGCUUUUAAUUCUUCAAGUGAAUAAUCAUUGAAGAAAAUAUUACUUUUUCUUGUCGAAGAAAAAAGAAAAAUAUUCCCACGAUUAACGUAAAACGUUUCCUUUAACAUACGGGUUCCAACUCGUGGCAUGCAUGAAGGAAGAAAGGAAGAAAGAGAAGUAUCAGUGACGUGAAAGAAAUAAAUAAAGAAAGAAAGAAAGAAAGAGAAAGAGAGGGACAAGCUGUGGUCUCUCCGAAGGAAGUGCACGCGUUUCACCUGCUGAUGCACAGGAAGCCUGCACGUCGAGUCUGCUCAGUCAUCUGUUUACAUCGAAACCGAACCGAUGACUCGGAUAACGCGAGCUUGCUCUUCGAACGAUCCUAUCGAGAGAAGAUGCUUUCCCCCUUUUCGUUCGUGGUUCUAACGAGCACGGAUCUCACUGAGGUUUUGUAGAAAAUAGGAAAGAAAGAAAAAACAAAACAAAAAAAAAUAGGAGCUCGUUAGCGCUCUUUCGUUUUGUUUUAAGACCUUCCAGUGGGUGACGUGCAAAAGGUUCAGAUAGUAACGUGAGAUAAGUGAUUUCAUUCAUCGAUCCCCAACACAUGAUAAUGAUAACAAAGGAUAAAUCAAAGUAAAGAAGGAAUGAGUUUUCGUCGUUGUGAUCGUUCAUGAGAAAAACAUGGAUAUUUAGGAAAGUUCGUAGUUAAUAAAAAAAAAAAGAAAAAAGAAAAAAGAAAAAAACAGAAGAGAAGGAGAAGGAGGAAAUAAGUUUUAAUCGCCUUGACAAUUUGAAAAGAAAGUAUACGAGAAAAAGGAAGAUGAAGAACAAAUGACAUGCGACCAUCAUCAUCCUUGUCUUCCUCAUCAUCCUCCUCAUAUUCAAGACGAGGAUCCUGUUCCAACAAGGACUGUACAUGUCUACUCUGUCGUGAACUGAAGGACUACGAGAUGAGCACUACGGUGGAAGUUCAACAGCCUAUGGUAGACGGUGCCAACUUUAUUCUACGUCGUCCAGUGACGUUCAUUAGCCGUGAACCAACACGAGAAUGGCAAGAAACUAGUGAAUAUGAAAAAACAUCGACCUUGGAGGAUCCUACUCGAAGGAGAUUCGACAAAACUGAAAUCGUCAUUGGAGUUGGCUCGAAAUCAAUGAGGACUAUUGAUGUUCCUCAUAAAACAGUGAUUUAUUUUGGUGACACCAGUCAAAGGGAAAAAGAGAAAAAGGAUUCUACAGAAUCUCAUCAGGAUGAGAUUCCUUUGAGAAAUAUCGAAAGAGAUGAAAACUCAACGUUAGAUAACGUUAAGAAAAGUCAUGAGAUCGUUGUAAACUUCACUCCUAGUAGAGAAGACGUAUUGAGGAUCGAGGAGGACGAAAGCCAGAUCGAGGAUUAUUGGUCCUUGCCCGGGGACACCACUGGGUUCAAGGCUGACUGGAGUUUCGUUCAGCAAUGGCGCCUUAGGGGUCCUGGUGGUGGUAGUGGACGUGAAGUAUACUGUCCCCCAUAUACAAAGGACUUUACAGAAAAUCAGUCGAAAAGUGGCGUCCACAAUAUGGUUCACAUGGUCGCGGAGAGGGAUACGGAUAGCGUUGCGCCUACUCCGACCCCUCAACAUCCUCAUCCCUCGCAGCAUCACCAUCUCAGCUUGCACGAGCUCCGAGUACUUCAGAGGCGACCAGAAUGCGCUGGUAAUAGCUCCUCCGACGAGAAUCGAUCGUCCGGGCACGCAAGCAUGUCGGAUACCGGUGGUCAUACAAGCAGCAGUUCUCCGCCUCAUCGUCAUCACAGGUCGCAUAGUCCUCAGCAACUGAACUCUGUACCAGAAGAUGAUCGACUAUCAGCUUCGGUUACCCAAAGAAAUGGUAGAAGCAGAUCAGGACAGAAUCGUAACAGACAUCGAGCUACUCCUGCUAAGCUACAGGUACCAUGGUCGGGUUCUGGUCUGGAGGACAUAAAAUUAGCGAUUCAGCAACUAACCAUGCGUUCCCACAAGUCUUCCUCGACGUAUUCGUCGUUGAGUGGUUCGGAGAGUUCAGAGCCAGCGGUUAGAAGACUGAUGAGACAUAGUAGUUUAGAAACGAUCAACACUAACGUCACCAGUGCUGACGAAUUCGUUUGGGUUGACUCUCAUAAUAGACUGGUCGAGUUGCAGCAACUACCAUGGACUCAUCAUGAUGUAUUACGAGUAUUACAGAAUGGUCGUACGAGAGAACACAUGGAACAAGUUUCAAUGGAGACCAUUCCUAGACUUUCUUACUUACUUCAACGAGCCUUAGUCAGGAUCAGCCGUGAAACUCAACGAUUGGCUAAGCCUAUUGGUCUUUGUAGCAAACAUGAAGUCUACAGUGCAUUUAAGAUCGUUCUUUGUCCAGCUUUAGCAGAUUCUUGUACAAAGGCUUGUCUACGAGCAGCCGCUAUGUUUGCUGUGUCCGGCGAUCAGUUGAAGCAAUCGAAGGCAUCUCGGUCUGGACUGCAAUUACCUGUUGGUCGAUUUCUCCGUUGGAUGUCGGACGUUAGGCUUGGAAGAAUGGUGCACGAGUAUGCUGCAGUAUACCUAACGGCAGGCAUCGAAAAUCUCUUGGAAGAGAUUUUGUUGCAGUGUAUGCCGACAGAACCACACACGACUCUAACUGCUACGAUGUUAGAACACGUAAUAGCAAACAGUGGUGACUUGUGGGGUCUACUUCAACCUUAUGCUCAUCUUAAUGCUGGCCGUAUUGCAUCUGGUGCCCUUGCAAUGCCACGUUGGGCUAGCGUGAGCUCACUGAAUUCUUCAUCCUCUUCUAGAAGUGGUAAAGAAGCGAUAGGAUCCACGCUCGAGCCUUCCUUUCUAACAACUUGUGUUGGUUCAAUGUCUGAAUUGAUCGAGCUUAUAUCGAAGGUAGCUCAGUCUGGAAGAUGUCCAGUACCUUUAACAGCAAAAGCUUUGAAUGCUUUGUUCUAUUACAUGAGAUGUUCACAACUUGAACAUGGCGAGAGAGGUUCAGGAAUACAAGAGUUAGCUUACGAGAGAGCCUAUGUCGUUCUUCCACCUUUGAUCGAGUGGUUACGUAUAGCAGCAGCUCAUGCCGAGCAUCGACAUGCUCUUGCCGUCGAUCAGGAUGACAUUAAUCAAGCCGCAAGAUUGCUUUUACCUGGCGUCGACUGUCCGGUUAGACCGAUAUGUUCCGAGGAAAUCACAGUUUGCUCGAAACGUAUCGACGACUCCGAGUACGUUCGUCUCUUGACCACGGACAUGGCUUUCAAGAUGUUAACCAGUGGUCGAGAGGAGCUCAUAGCACAGGCGAUGCCAUUGUUACCAUCGACGAAAAUCAACACCGUCAACGAUAGUGGUUUUACCGCAUUGAUGUUGGCCUGUAUCAAUGGUGACGAGCAAUCUGUAGCAGCUUUGUUAGAUGCUGGAGCAGAUUUAAAUAUCGAGAGUCCACCUCCAAGUACUAGUCAAUCGUCUGGCAGCCCAUCGAAAGUAUCCAGUUCUACGAGUACAGCUAUCGUUAGAAGUCCUGUUAAUCAAUCGGUGAUAACAACACCAAGCAAAAAUGGUUCAACUCCGUCACCAGGCGGUACUCCUUGCGGUAACUCGAGUAACGCAUAUUACGUUCAAACUGGAUUCAAUGCUGAAACGCAACACUGGACUGCCCUGACCUAUACAGCUUUGCUAGGUCAUUGUAAUAUCGCUAGAAUGUUGCUGGAGAGAGGAGCAGCUGUAGAGGGUGGUGCAAAAGUCAGUGAAGAUAAGUGUACUGUUACCCCGUUACAAGCUGCUACUGCAUCAGGCAACAACGAGAUGGUUGCUUUGCUCUUAGCUCAUAGUGCACAACCGUUCUUGUCUACCUUGAUAAAAGACUCGUUUUCUUACACUGGUUCGGCUCAACGAGGUUGCUAUAGUGCAGUAUCGGUGGCAACGGCGCACGGUCAAAGAAAUUGUCUUCAUCAGUUACUAUCUCAUCCAUUGAACUUCUCAGCAAAACGUGGAGAAAAAGAAAUCUUAUCUUUGGAGGAGAUACUAGCGGAAGGUAAUGCUAAUACCAAUCCUCAGCAACAAACCGUAGAUGGUAAAAGUGGUCACAGAGAGGGUAAAGAACCAGUGUUUAACAAAUUACAAACGAAGGCACUUCAGGAAGCAAUGUAUCAUAGUGCUGAAAGCAAUCAUUUAGACAUUACUAUGGAACUUCGUGGACUAAAAGUAGGAUGGACGUUACAUUGUUGGAUGCACAGUCUUGCCACUGCUCAUGAAAUGAGAAUAGAUUCGGUCAUAGAUCAAUUGCUUCAAGAUUUUCUACAAGUUUGUCCUGAUGAUUACUCAACGCAAUUCGUACAAGAAUGUUUACCACUUUUGUUCAACAUAUUUCGUUAUAGCAAGAAGGAAGGAACAACGCUUCUACUUGCUGAUAUCUUUUGCACAUGUUUUGGUUGGGAACCAAUCAAACCAAUCAGAGAUACCACACUAUCAAGUGGCUCAAGAAUCGAUCCAAAAUUUGUUAACAAUCCUGAACUAAGUGACGUACAAUUUAGAGUCGAAGGCAGGGUCUUUUAUGGGCAUAAAAUCGUUCUGGUAACAUCAUCUCCAAGAUUUAGGAAUAUGUUAAGUUCAAAAUUAUGUGAGGGCAAUCCUCCUAUCGUACAAAUCAAUGACAUUAGAUAUCACAUCUUCCAAAUGGUCAUGGAAUUUCUUUAUCACGGGGGAUGCGCAACUUUGGAAGUUAAUCAGAGUGAUGUUUUAGAAUUAAUGGCAGCUGCUAAUUUCUUUCAACUUGAUGGUUUAUUAAGAUAUUGCGAGGCUCAAUGUUCAGCAAUGGUCGAUUUAGAUAAUAUUGUUUCUAUGUAUAUUCAUGCCAAGGUUUAUAAUGCGGCACAACUCUUAGAAUAUUGUCAAGGAUUUUUAUUGCAAAAUAUGGUUGCACUAUUAACUUAUGAUGACUCCGUUAAACGUUUAUUGUUUGCUAAAAAAUUACCAAAUCAUGAUGUUCUAGCAGGCCUUUUACUUACUCUGCAAGCAAGGAUAAAGGCAAGAAGAUCUCAACAACAAAAUAAGAUUAAAACGUAGAACGUUUUUAAUUCGCCAAGCAAAAUGCACAGGAAACUAACGUAAGUAGCAAUUAAAAGAAAAAAAAAAAAACAAAAAAAAAACAAAAAAAAAGGAAAAAAAUUAGAUUCAUUCAAAUAACUCUUAUAAACAUAUUGUAAUUACGAUAUCAUAUAUAUAAUUUUAAAUAUUAAUUACUUGAAAUGUAUAUUAUAUGUAUAUAUCACGUAAAAAAUAGAACAAUGCUUUCAAACAAACAGAUCGAACGAAGUUAAACUGCAUUUAUCGAUUAAGCAAUUAAAUUUUACAUUUAAAAAGUUGAAAUUGACAUUGAUUAUAUUUUUAAUUUAUUCUUUAACAAUAAUAUUUUGUUAACAAUCCAAGACGAAAGUUCCUGUAUUUGCGUCGCUACUUACUGUACGACAUUUAUAAUACAUUUUUCAUUAAUAUAUUUAUUUUCUAAAAAGAAAAGAUAUUAAACACUGAUUGCAAAUAUUAUUUAAUAGAAUGUUAUAAAAUAAUAAGAUUUACUCGAGAUAAAUAACAUAUUAUAUACUUGUAUAAAUGAUAUAAAUAUUAAGAUUCUUAUCUUAUGUUUGUUAAAGUAAAUACUUAUUGAAAAAUAAAAA